GUGGCAAGAAGUUGGAAGAAGAAUAGGAGCUUGGAGAGAAAGCAAGCAAGUUUUUAUUAUUAUUUAAAAAAAAUAAGCCAAGAGCAGAGAUGACAAAAUGGCAUAGAGUGAGAAGUACAGAUCAGGUGGACAUUCAGAGUUCUGGUGGUGUUAAAAAGUGACAAGUGGUAAAAAAAUUGAGCAGGGGAGGACUAAAGGACUCUGGAACUUCUGCCAAGAAAAAUCAGCAGCAGGAUAAAUCAUUACUAGGAUAGAAGGCAUAGAUUUGGCAAGCUUAGAUAGAACAAAGAUGGAAGACUCCUUAAUUCCAGCUGAUGGCUUGAAAGGAUGUUGGGAAAAUAUACUUAGAAUAACAGCCCCAUAGGAUUUUGAAUUGAAUAUGAAUCCUGAAACGAUUCCCUAAUCUCUGUGUUUCUAGAUGCUUAGAGAAAAGCGUUAGCUAAUAAUUUAUUGUAGGAAAGAUACACAUCUCACAAGUACUUUUGAAGCAAUCCAAAAGCAGCUGGAGCCAAAUACACGUUCAUAAUGAAUCCAGGAGAAGCUGCCAAGAUUACAAGGGAACAGAAUGAUUCCAUCUAUAAUAUGAGCCAUGCCAAACAAAUACCAGAGUUGCCGCCUUUGCCAGGUUUGGCUGCAGAAGACCCCUCUGAACUGUAUCAGAUGAUCCAAAAUAGCAGCUUUUACCCUUCUCUGAUGCAAAGAGCAUCCUGGACUUUGGCAGCUCCCUUUAAAGAGCAGCGUCAUUUCCGGAGCCCCAGCAACUCCAUUGCCAAUAAUUACACCCUCACUGCACAGAACUUGAAAAUGAAAGAUCUGCGUAAGAUAGUUUCACCUUUAAAGGCAAGAAAGCCAGCUGGGACCACAAGACAUUCUCCACCUCCAAAAGAAUUUGCUCCCUCUGAGAAGAAGAAAAAGCUUUCAUCAGGAAACGUUGCUGAUGACUAUGACAGGGUGAUGGCAAUAGAGGAAGCACACAGUUUUGAUUUGCUACUGACACCGGAUAAGCAGAAAUCUGAAACAGGAGUUAUCUGUUAUUCUGACAACCAGCCUCUAACUCCAGAAGAGCAGCUUGUUGUGAUGCUCAGGCAUGAGGAGGAAAUAAGUAAAGGAAAAACUCUACCCACAGAGAGUGAUCUGCAGCGAUACUGUUACUACAUCCAUAAAGGCAUCCGGAAAGAUAUGCUGGCACCACAGAACAAAGAAGUGAUGGAUAGCAUUUUAAUGCAUAUCCCAAGUCAUUUUCUCACCAACCCAAUGCUGGAGACAUUACUGAAAGAAUUAACCGAAGAGAUUCAGAACGAUUAUCAUAUUUGGCUCAUGAAAGACAUUGUUGAUUACAUCCUGAUGGAUCCAGAGGAGAGGAAGAGACUCUUUAUAUACAACAUUCCAUUGCCUUUUCCUCGAAGAGUGAUUCGUGCACCAGUUCCAUGGCACACAAUCUACCAAGAAGUGAGAAGCUGGAACGAAGGUCACCUCUUCACAGUGAAUCCUAUGAUGCUUACUUUGCAACGCCUCUGGUUCUCAGAGUUUUGCAACCUGAGGUUUGUUCGUACUCAGGAAAUCCUCGAGGGUGAUUUGCCACUGCUGCCCAGCGAGUUUGAAGACUUGGUCCGAAAACAUUGUCAAGAAGCUCAUGAUAUUCUUGAGAACAGGUGGAUUCCAACAUGUGCAGAACUGUUCAUUGAACAGAAGCAAAACUGGCUGCAUCUUGCUCCCCAGAACGACUUUGACUCUUCUCAACUGAUAGAAGAAUAUUUUGCUUCGGUAGCCGUCCUCAUGUCUUUACAGCUACGGGAGAUGGUCAUUAAUUCAUUAGCGGAUCUCCUUUCCUUUUUUAGGAUACAUAAGGACGGAAAUGACUUUGGAGAAACUUAUCAUGAAAUGCAAUUCUUCAUACCACAAAUGUUGGUCAUCAAACUGGAAGUGCAGGAGCCUGAUAUUAUAUUUGAGCCAGAUGUGGAAGCUUGUUGGGAUUUACUGUAUCACUGCUUCAUGGAGGUUCUGAAAAAUUCUGAGGGUCUUCCAAAGGUACAAGUUAAACUAUUCCCAGAAUUAAAAGGGGAUGACCUAAUUCUUCGUACUGUCCAAGCAGAUGAAUCAUUAGUUUCAGAAUAUGUGAACAAAACUGCUGAGAUAUUUAAUCACAAUCUUGUUGGUCCGCGAAAAUACUUAAGCGUGUACGAGAAGUACAGCGAUCUCUUGAAUAACAAUGCAGAAAAUGACGUGACUGAGUUUUUAAGCAAAAGACAUGAUCUGGAUGAUUUUGUGGAGAAGAUUGAUGGUUUGACGAAGCUGAAAAAAGAAAUUGCGUCUCUGCACGUCACAGUCCCUCUGGCCUUGUUCUGCCUCGACGCAUUAAAGCUGAAUGAGGCUCUUUGCUGUCGGACUCAGAAGCUGAAAGACAGGCUGAUUGAGUUCCAAGUGGAAGAAAACAGGGAGGUAAACCAGAGCAUUUGCAACCAGUACAGCAUAAUUGCAGACAAAGUCAGUGAAGUGCCUAUGACCACUGAGGAGCUGGUUGACACCACGGCCUAUUUGAAAAAAUCCAGUGACGUCACUGUCUUUAAGUUGCGCCGUGAAAUCAGGGAAGCUAUUUACAGACUGGAAUUCCUGAUGGACUACGCUGAUCUUCCUUGUGAUGAUAUAAAGCUGAACAGUACUGUUCUGCAUUGGCCGGAUGAGAUUGAGGUCAUCUUUGAAACCGCAAGGAAUCAGCUGAUGAACAGACGGGAUCAUGUGGAGCUCUGUCUCAUCAAAAGGUGCUCUGAAUUCGAGGCUAUUCUAGAAAAUUAUAACAAAGAAGUCGAAAGCUUCCGAAAGAAGGAUGUCAUGACCAUGGAAGAAAUGAAGAACAACGUUGAAAAGUUUAAUGAGUUGUCUAAGAAUUUGGAUGCUGCUCUUUCUGAAUAUGAAGCUAUUAAUAAGGAAGAGGAGCUACUGGAACGAGAGAAAAGCCAGUUUCCACUGCUGCAGACUAUCAUCACAAACAAAAUACCUUUUGAACAGCUUUGGGUGACUGCUUACAACUUCCAUACGAAGUCUGAGGAAUGGAUGAAUGGACCUCUCCUGCAGCUGAACGCUGAGGAAAUCAGUGAAGAUGUUGCCACCAUGUGGCGGACAAUGUACAAACUGACAAAGACCUUAGUAGAUCAACCUGGACCAAAGCGUUUAGCGGAGAAUGUGAAAUUUAAGAUCGACAAGUUCAAGCAACAUCUUCCUGUCCUCUCUAUUGCCUGCAAUCGAGGGAUGAAGGAUAGGCAUUGGGAACAGAUAAGUGAAAUAGUUGGAUAUGAGAUAAGACCUGAUGAAACUACAUCACUCAUGAACAUGUUGGAAUAUGGUCUAUCAAAAUACAUUGAUAAGCUAGAGCCUAUUGGAGCAGCAGCUAGCAAGGAGUACUCCCUAGAGAAAAACAUGGAGAAAAUGAAAUCGGAAUGGGCAAAUAUCUGUUUCACUUUUGUAAAAUACAGGGACACAGACACCAGCAUUCUGUCUGCAAUCGACGACAUCCAGCUUCUGCUGGAUGAUCACAUUGUCAAGACCCAGACAAUGUGUGGUUCUCCAUUCAUCAAACCGAUAGAGGGUGAAUGCCGGAGGUGGGAGGAGAAGCUUGUUCUGAUGCAGGAAAUUUUAGACAAUUGGUUAAAAUGCCAGGCAACGUGGCUUUAUCUGGAACCCAUAUUCAGCUCUGAGGACAUUAUUGCUCAAAUGCCAGAGGAGGGGAGGAAGUUUGGAAUAGUGGACAUGUACUGGAAGGACAUCAUGGUGCAAGCAGUGAAAGACACCAGAGUCCUGAUCGCCACUGAGCAGCCAAAGAUGUUGGACAGGCUUCAAGAAGCAAAUAUGCUUUUAGAAGACAUCCAGAAGGGUCUGAAUACUUACUUGGAAAAGAAAAGGUUAUUUUUCCCAAGAUUCUUCUUCCUUUCUAAUGACGAGUUGCUGGAGAUUUUGUCCGAAACCAAAGAUCCUCUCCGAGUGCAGCCACACUUGAAAAAGUGCUUUGAGGGAAUCGCAAAACUAGACUUUACGGAGAACAUGGAGAUUAUAGGCAUGAUCAGCUCAGAGAAGGAAAUUGUACCUUUUAUCAAGACAAUCUACCCAGCACAAGCCAAAGGCAUGGUUGAGAAGUGGCUGUCACAAGUAGAAAACAUGAUGCUGUCCAGUAUCAGAAAAGUCAUAGAAAGGGGCAUCGAAGGAUAUGAUCAGGUUCCCCGGAAUAAGUGGGUGCUGCAGUGGCCAGGACAAGUAGUUAUCUGUGUAUCAUCCAUCUUCUGGACAAAAGAAGUAUCAGAAGCCAUACAAGGAAAAACUCUACCUGCAUUUUUGGAGAAAAGCAACAAACAGAUUGGAGAAAUUGUUGAACUGGUCAGAGGGAAGCUGUCAGGCGGGGCCCGGCUCACCCUGGGAGCCCUCACGGUCAUUGAUGUGCAUGCACGGGAUGUUGUCGUAAAACUGUCUGAAGACAAAAUUUCAGAUCUGAAUGAUUUCCAGUGGAUUUCUCAGCUGAGAUAUUACUGGGAACAGGGAGAGGUGAUGGUCCGAAUGAUUACAACUGAAGCCAGAUAUGGCUAUGAGUACCUGGGCAACUCCCUUCGUUUGGUGAUAACGCCGCUGACCGACCGAUGCUAUAGAACAUUAAUGGGAGCUUUGAAACUAAACCUGGGAGGUGCUCCAGAAGGACCUGCGGGAACUGGCAAAACUGAAACCACCAAAGAUUUAGCAAAAGCACUGGCUAAGCAGUGUGUUGUCUUCAAUUGCUCUGAUGGUCUCGAUUACAAAGCCAUGGGGAAAUUCUUUAAAGGACUGGCACAGGCUGGAGCUUGGGCCUGCUUUGAUGAGUUCAACAGAAUUGAGGUUGAAGUUCUCUCUGUAGUGGCACAGCAGAUCCUCAGUAUUCAGCAGGCUAUUAUUCGAAAGCUGCGAACAUUUCUCUUUGAAGGCACAGAGAUUUCACUUAAUCCAACCUGUGCAGUAUUCAUCACUAUGAAUCCUGGAUAUGCUGGACGGGCAGAACUUCCUGAUAACUUGAAGGCUUUAUUCCGUACUGUAGCCAUGAUGGUUCCAGAUUAUGCUUUGAUUGGUGAAAUUUCACUUUAUUCAAUGGGAUUCCUUGACUCCCGAAGUCUUGCCCAGAAGAUUGUUGCUACCUAUCGUCUUUGCUCUGAACAGUUAUCAUCGCAGCAUCAUUACGACUAUGGGAUGCGUGCUGUAAAAUCGGUCCUGACAGCAGCAGGAAACUUAAAACUGAAGUACCCAGAUGAAAAUGAAAGUGUCUUGCUGCUCAGGGCUCUACUGGAUGUUAACUUAGCUAAAUUCUUGGCACAAGAUGUACCUCUGUUUCAGGGAAUCAUAUCUGAUUUAUUUCCUGGAGUGAUUCUGCCUCGACCAGAUUAUGAUCUCUUCAUCCAGGCACUGAAUAACAAUAUCGCAAAAAUUAAUCUUCAACCAGUUCCAUGGUUUAUUGGGAAAAUUAUUCAGAUUUAUGAAAUGAUGAUGGUUCGUCAUGGCUAUAUGAUUGUCGGGGAGCCGAUGGGAGGAAAAACCUACGCCUACAAAGUGCUUGCUAUGGCCCUUGGGGAUCUGAGCCAAGACCCUUCAACAGAAGAAUCUGCAGUUGAAUAUAGAAUUAUUAAUCCAAAAGCUAUUACCAUGGGACAGUUGUAUGGGUGUUUUGACCCUGUGAGCCACGAAUGGACAGAUGGCGUUCUUGCAACCACCUUCAGAGAACAAGCCAGCUCUACAACAGAGGACAGGAAGUGGAUUGUCUUUGAUGGUCCUGUUGAUGCUGUUUGGAUAGAGAACAUGAACACUGUGUUAGAUGAUAACAAGAAGCUGUGCCUAAUGAGUGGUGAAAUAAUUCAGAUGAGUGCAAAGAUGAGCCUAAUGUUUGAGCCAGAAGAUCUGGAACAAGCAUCUCCAGCUACUGUCAGCAGGUGUGGUAUGAUCUACAUGGAACCUCACCAGUUAGGCUGGAAGCCUCUGAAGGAUUCUUAUAUGAACACAUUGCCUCCAAACUUGAACACCGAACACAGAGAACUGGUUGACGACUUGUUCAUGUGGCUAGUUCAGCCUUGCUUGGAAUUUAUUCGCCAUCAUUGCAGGGUCAUGGUUCAGACAUCACCCAUCCAUCUCACUCAUUCCAUGAUGACACUGUAUACUGCUUUGCUCGAUGAAAUAAGGAGUUCCGGCGAAGAGGAUUCCGAGACCAUGUCCAGCCAGCAGAUCACCCUGUGGCUGCAAGGACUUUUCCUGUUCGCCUUGGUGUGGACCAUCGGGGGCACCAUCAACGCUGAGGGAAGGAAAAAAUUCGACCAUUAUUACCGGGAAGUUUUGAUGGGAAUGGACGACAACCACCCACGUCCCAAAAGCGUAAAGCUGACGAAGAACAACAUUUUUCCAGAUAGAGGGACCGUGUACGACUUUUACUUCCACAAGAUAGCCAGUGGACAGUGGAAUAAUUGGACAGAGUACAUUACAAAAGAAGAGCAAACCAUCCCUGCUGGAGUAAAGGUCUCCGAGCUUAUAAUUCCAACCAUGGAAACAGCCAGGCAGAGUUUUUUCCUGAAAACCUAUGUGGAGCAUGAAAUCCCAUUGCUCUUCGUGGGAACCACUGGUACAGGGAAAUCAGCGAUCACCAACAGCUUUCUGAUUAAUCUCCCAAAGACAAAGUACACUCCCAACUUCAUCAAUUUCUCUGCCAGAACUACAGCCAACCAGACCCAGGACAUUAUUAUGUCAAAACUGGACAGGAGAAGAAAAGGACUUUUUGGUCCACCAGCUGGAAAAAAGGCUAUUGUAUUUGUAGGACGUUUCACAAGGCACUUGAACAUUAUUUCUAUCAGUGCCUUCGAUGAUGAAAUUUUAACAAAGAUCUUUGCUUCCAUCGUUGACUGGCACUUCAGCAAAGGGUUUGAGGCCACUUUUCUGAGGCUUGGCAAAAUGAUGGUUCAUGCUACUAUGAACAUUUACAAGAUGGCUGUGGAAAACUUCCUUCCAACUCCUUCAAAAUCUCACUAUGUCUUCAACCUGCGCGAUUUCUCCCGGGUCAUCAGAGGAGUGUUGCUCUGCCCACAUACCCAUUUGCAGGAUGGGGAGAAACUGAUCAGGCUUUGGAUUCAUGAAGUUUAUCGGGUCUUCUAUGACCGCUUAAUAGAUGAUGACGACAGGAAGGUGUUUUUUAACAUGGUGAAAGAAACAACCUCUGAUUGCUUCAAGCAGAGUGUUGAUAAGGUAUUAAGCCACUUGUCUCCAACCGGAAAGAUCCAUGACGAUAACAUCCGGAGCCUCUUCUUUGGAGACUACUUUAAGCCACAAAGUGAUGCAAAGAUCUACGAUGAAAUAACAGACUUAAACAAGCUGACAUCUGUUAUGGAAUACUACUUGGAGGAGUUCAACCAGAUCAGCAAGGCGCCCAUGUCUCUGGUUAUGUUUAAAUUUGCCAUUGAGCAUAUCUCAAGGAUAUGCAGAGUACUGAAGCAGGAUAACGGCCACUUGCUGCUGGUGGGCAUCGGUGGGAGUGGCCGACAGAGCGCCACCAAGCUGGGCACCUUUAUGAAUUCGUAUGAACUCUUCAUGAUCGAAAUCACAAAGUUCUACACCACAAAUGACUGGAGAGAGGAUAUCAAGAAGGUCAUGUUGCAGUCAGGGGUGGCCAACAAAAACACUGUGUUCUUAUUCUGUGAUAACCAAAUAAAAGACGAGUCCUUUGUGGAGGACAUUAACAUGUUGUUGAACACGGGGGAUGUGCCUAACAUCUUUGCAGCCGAUGAGAAGGCUGACAUCGUUGAAAAAAUGCAGGGUGCGGCAAGGACCGAAGGCAAGAGAAUUGAAGCCACCCCUCUGGCCAUGUACAACUUUUUUACUGAACGCUUGAAGAAAAACUUGCACAUAGUUUUAGCAAUGAGUCCAAUUGGAGAUGCUUUCCGGAACCGCUUGCGAAUGUUCCCUUCGCUGAUCAACUGCUGCACUAUCGACUGGUUCCAAAGAUGGCCCACUGAUGCUUUGGAAAUGGUGGCCAACAAAUUCUUAGAGGAUGUGAAGCUGGAAGAUGAAAUCAGAAAAUCGGUUGUGUCCAUGUGUAAGUAUUUCCAAGAAAAUGUGAGAGAACUCUCCGUCAGCUAUUACAGCACUCUUCGAAGACACAAUUACGUAACACCAACAUCCUAUCUGGAAUUGAUUCUGACCUUUAAGGCGUUAUUAAAUAGUAAAAGGCACGAAGUGGAUAUGAUGAGAAAUCGCUAUCUUGUGGGCCUUCAGAAGCUUGAUUUUGCAGCUUCACAAGUUGCAGUGAUGCAAAAGGAGCUGACUGCUCUUCAACCGGAAUUAAUUCAGACCUCCACAGAAACGGAGAAAAUGAUGAUCCACAUAGAAAAAGAAACCGUUGAGGUGGAUGCCAAGAAGGAGCUUGUGGCUGCAGAUGAAAAGGAAGCCAAUGAAGCUGCAGCUAUUGCCCAGGGUAUUAAGGAAGAGUGCGAGGGGGACCUGGCGGAGGCAAUGCCAGCCCUGGAAGCUGCCCUUUCGGCUCUUGAUACCCUGAACCCUGCAGAUAUCUCCCUUGUCAAGUCCAUGCAGAAUCCACCAGGACCUGUCAAGCUGGUCAUGGAGAGCAUUUGUGUUAUGAAAGGAAUAAAGCCAGAAAGAAAGCCUGAUCCAAGUGGAAGCGGUAAAAUGAUAGAAGACUACUGGGGAAGUUCCAAAAAGGUUCUAGGGGAUCUGAAAUUCCUCGAAGGCCUGAAGACUUAUGACAAAGACAAUAUCCCAUCAGCUGUAAUGAAGAGAAUUAGAGAGAAGUUCAUCAACCAUCCGGACUUUCAGCCAGCUGUCAUAAAAAAUGUAUCAUCCGCCUGCGAAGGCUUGUGUAAAUGGGUGAGAGCCAUGGAAGUGUACGACCGUGUUGCAAAGGUGGUAGCUCCAAAACGUGAACGACUCAGGGAGGCUGAAGGUUUGCUCGCUGUACAGAUGCAGAAGCUCAAUACGAAGCGAGCAGAACUCAAGAAGGUGAUUGACCGCCUCCAGGACCUGAAUGACGAAUUUGAAGAAAUGAACAACCGGAAGAAAGAACUCGAGAACAACAUUGAAAUAUGCUCUCAGAAGCUGGACAGGGCUGAAAAGCUGAUCAGUGGCUUGGGAGGCGAGAAGGAUAGGUGGACGGAAGCAGCACGCCUGCUAGGAAUUAAAUACACUGACCUCACUGGGGAUGUCUUGUUAUCUUCAGGGACGGUGGCUUAUCUGGGAGCCUUUACCGUUGAUUACCGUACAGAAUGUCAGAAGAAGUGGCUGGCUUUGUGCAAGGAGGAGAAAGUCCCAUGCUCUACUGAUUUCAGCCUGAGUAACACUUUAGGGGACCCAGUCAAAAUCCGUGCCUGGCAGAUUGCCGGAUUGCCAAUUGAUUCCUUUUCAAUUGACAACGGCAUCAUUGUUUCCAACUCAAGACGGUGGGCUUUAAUGAUUGAUCCUCAAGGGCAAGCCAACAAAUGGGUCAAAAAUAUGGAAAAGGGCAAUAAGCUUUCCGUUAUCAAGUUGUCUGACACCAACUAUGUAAGGACUUUGGAGAACGCUAUCCAGUUUGGAACCCCAGUCUUGCUUGAAAAUAUUGGCGAGGAAUUGGAUGCGUUCUUGGAGCCGGUGCUGCUAAAGGCAACUUUCAAACAGCAAGGUGUGGAGUACAUGAGACUGGGGGAGAACAUUAUUGAGUACUCAAGGGAUUUCAAGUUUUACAUAACGACACGCUUAAGGAAUCCUCAUUAUCUUCCUGAAAUUGCUGUGAAAGUUUGUCUGCUCAAUUUUAUGAUCACCCCUCUAGGGCUUCAGGACCAGCUUCUUGGGAUUGUGGCUGCGAAGGAAAAGCCUGAGCUGGAAGAGAAGAAGAACAAGCUGAUUGUAGAAAGUGCAGCAAACAAGAAACAGCUGAAGGAGAUUGAAGACAAAAUCCUGGAAGUUCUUUCCAAGUCGGAAGGAAAUAUCUUAGAAGAUGAAACAGCCAUUAAAAUCCUCUCUUCUUCCAAAGAGUUGUCUGAAGAAAUAUCUGAAAAGCAGGAAAUUGCCACUAUUACAGAAAUGGAAAUAGAUGCCACCCGAAUGGGGUACAAGCCAGUGGCUGUUCAUUCAGCAACAGUCUUCUUUUGCAUUUCUGAUCUGGCUAACAUUGAACCAAUGUAUCAAUAUUCCCUGAUAUGGUUUAUUAACCUCUAUGUCCAGUCUCUUGCCAAUAGCAGGAAAAGCGAUGUUUUGGAAGAAAGGAUUGAAUUCAUAAUUGACCAUUUCACAAUCAGCAUCUACAACAACGUCUGCAGAUCCCUGUUUGAGAAGGACAAGCUUCUUUUCUCCCUACUUCUGACUAUAGGGAUCAUGAAAGGGAGAGAUGAGAUUGAUGAUGAGGUCUGGCGUUUCCUACUGACGGGUGGCGUUGCGCUUGAGAACCCGUAUGCGAAUCCUGCCCCAGAGUGGUUGUCUGACAAAUCGUGGGCCGAAAUUGUGCGUGCCUCGGGGCUGAAAAACUUGCGUGGGCUGUUGGAUCAUGUGGAGUCCAAUGUCACAGAAUGGAAACUGAUUUAUGAUUCUGCCAAACCUCACGAAGAAGAGUUUCCCGGUGAAUGGAAUCUGGUCACGGGUCUUGACCGCAUGGUCAUCCUCCGAUGCCUGAGACCAGAUAAAAUCAUCCCAGCCACCCAACUGUUCAUCUCAGACAACAUGGGGAAGAUAUAUAUCGAACCCCCAACAUUUGAUCUUGUUGGAAGUUACCAUGACUCCAACUGCUGCGCACCUCUGAUUUUUGUUCUGUCGCCAGGUGCUGAUCCCAUGGCAGGCUUGUUGAAGUUUGCUGAUGAUCUUGGCAUGGAAAGCAUCCAGACUAUUUCACUUGGCCAGGGCCAAGGCCCAAUCGCAGCAAAGAUGAUUAAUCAGGCUAUCGUGGACGGGACUUGGGUUGUGCUGCAGAACUGCCAUCUCGCAACCAGCUGGAUGCCUGCUUUGGAAAAAAUCUGUGAAGAGGUUAUAGUACCUGAGAAUACUCAUACCAAGUUCAGAUUGUGGCUGACUAGUUAUCCAUCCGAAAAGUUUCCUGUCAGCAUUCUCCAGAACGGAAUAAAAAUGACCAACGAGCCACCUAAAGGGGUGAGAGCAAAUCUCCUUCGAUCCUACCUCAACGACCCCGUUUCUGACCCCAUGUUCUUUAACAGUUGCGAAAAGAAAGAAAUUUGGCAGAAGCUGCUGUUUGGCCUCUGCUUCUUCCAUGCUCUUGUGCAAGAAAGAAGAAACUUUGGUCCAUUAGGUUGGAACAUUCCUUAUGAAUUCAAUGAAUCUGAUCUGAGAAUCAGCAUGCGGCAGAUUCAGAUGUUUCUGAAUGAAUAUGAAGAAACCCCAUUUGAAGCUCUCACAUAUCUUACAGGCGAAUGCAACUAUGGUGGGAGGGUAACGGACGACAAGGACAGGCGUCUCCUCCUCUCUCUUCUUUCAAUUGUGUAUUGCAAAGACGUAGAAGUCCUGGAAAACUAUCAGCUUUCCCCAGGGGGGGAAUAUUUCGUACCAUCCUUUGGGACAUACCAGUCCUACAUAGACUACUUGAGAAGUCUGCCAAUUAUAACCCACCCCGGAGUAUUUGGGCUACACGAGAAUGCAGAUAUCACAAAGGAUAACCAAGAGACCAACCUGCUUUUCAAUAGUGUCUUGCUGACUUUGCCCCGACAAGCAGGUGGCGGCGGCAAAUCUCCACAGGAAACGGUAGAGGAACUGGCACAGGACGUCCUGUCCAAGUUACCACAAGACUUUGACCUAGAAUAUGUGAUGGAAAUGUACCCAGUACUUUACAGGGAGUCCAUGAACACAGUUCUUAGGCAAGAACUUAUCAGGUUCAACAGGCUUACAGAGGUUGUACGCAGCAGCCUUGUCAACCUACUUAAAGCCAUCAAAGGCCAGGUGCUGAUGUCUUCAGAACUCGAGGAUGUCUUCAACAGCAUGCUUGUAGGCAAAGUGCCUCCUAUGUGGGCAGCCAAAUCCUACCCAUCCUUGAAGCCUAUGGGGAGUUACGUGUCUGACCUUCUCAUGAGGCUGGUCUUCUUUCAGGAGUGGAUCAAUCACGGACCUCCAAUUGUGUUUUGGAUUUCCGGUUUCUACUUUACUCAGUCCUUCUUGACAGGAGUUUCACAGAACUAUGCCAGGAAAUACACCAUCCCAAUAGAUCACAUUGGAUUUGAAUUUGAGGUGAUGACACAGGAGCACAGUAUGACUCAGUUGCCUGAAGAUGGAGCCUAUGUGAAAGGGCUUUAUCUGGAAGGGGCCCGCUGGGACAGGGAGACCAUGCGGAUUGGAGAGUCUUUUCCCAAAAUCCUCUACGACUUCCUGCCCAUCAUUUGGCUGAAACCUGGAGAGAGCUCCAAAUUUUUGCACGAAGGGAUUUACCUGUGCCCCGUCUACAAAACCAGUGCCAGGAGAGGCACCCUGUCCACCACUGGCCACUCCACCAAUUACGUGCUCUCCAUUGAGCUCCCUUCCGAUUUGCCCCAGAAGCACUGGAUCAAUAGGGGCGUAGCUGCGCUUUGCCAGCUCGACGACUAAAUGGUUGGCGUCAUAUGCCUGUGCUUUCUGAUGAAAAAGCACGGCUACAACCAUCGCCCCUUUGAAAAGAAAGAAGUCUCUGGCUACAACCAUCGCCCCAUUGAAAAUAAAGAAAA